UACAUUUUUGACCUCGGAACUGUAGCUUUGAAGUUAGCGUACGAGUGACCGAGCUUCUUGAUUUUCAGUUACGUAGCCAGUCCCCACCAUAGUAGCCCACUACAUUAUCACUAGUAUUGAUAGGCGUUAACCUUUUAGUGUUAGUUCGGAUCCGCGAUACGUAGAUAUACGGUGCCUAAGCACGACUAACUACGCCGGUCUAAACAACGCGUUUUCCUCAAAGUUCCAACCCAAGCCGGCCAACGCAUCCAUCCUAGGCCAUCAUACGAUUUUUGAUCCGUGACCGCAAGGGAGGGUUUUCUAAGUGUGCGUCGCAAUCUUGGCUGACGACCCCCAAAGAACUAAACCUUUGAUGGGCUCCUCCCAACAGCUGGGGCUGGAGUAUGACUUCAUGAGUCUGAUCUGCCGGACAUAAUAGAACCUCAGAAGCAAGCUCCUCUGCUUGAUCGUAGAGCUGCGUCGCUCUGCUAUACCCAUGUCACAGCCAUGGGACUACAUCGCUAAGCUUGUCUGUAUUGGCGACUCUGGAACGGGGAAAUCCAGCUUAACAAUUCGACUUUGUGAAGGUCGCUUCUCAUCCUCCCACGAUGUCACGAUCGGCGUGGAAUUUGGUUCACGCAUCGUCCCAGUUGGCCCGCCCGCAUCAAAAAGUCUUGAACUGAGACUUGACUCCCAUGCUCGCAGAUCUGCAACAUCAUCGUCUGUUUCGUCACCUCCUUCCCAGAUACCCGUCGCUGCUUCGGGACAAGCUGCUGUCACCGGACUGCCCAGUCCUCCGCGCAAGGUUGUCGAGUGUCAAAAGAGAAUGAAACUCUCUCUCUGGGAUACGGCUGGUCAAGAAACAUACAAGUCCAUAACCCGUUCUUACUUCCGCGGUGCUUCUGGUGCACUUCUAGUCUUCGACAUCACCAGGCCUUCCACUUUCUUAUCUUGUACACAGUGGCUUCAGGAUCUACGGCAAAUCGCCGAAGACGGGAUUGUCAUUAUUCUGGUUGGAAACAAGAGCGAUCUGGCAGAUGACGGUUCAGCCUCGAAUCAGAGAAGGGUGACCAGGCAGGAAGCCGAAGAGUGGUGCCGCCAGAAUAAUGUUGCCUAUUAUGUUGAGACUAGUGCAAAAUCUGGCGAUAACGUCGAAUGUGCGUUUCUCGAGGUAGCUGACAUGAUCUACCGCAAUAUUGAAGCCGGUAAAUACGACCUACAUGAUCGCCGCAGCGGGGUCAAGGGCUUUGGCGCUACCGGUGGACCGAAUCAUGGAGCUCCUAAGACCUUUACCUUGGGACUGAACGAUGCGAUGCGCACCAGUGGAAAUGGUGUGGUUGGUGGUUGUUGUUAAUGGUGAUACGGGUACCAUUUGGACAACCCACCAAGCGGGUCGUGUGAGCUACUUACACAAUAAAAGCUUAUUCUCAGACCUAACAAUUCUAAUAUUUCCACAAGCUGGAGGGAUUCAAGGGUGAAAAGUAACUCAACCACGUAUUCUACAUGUCUAGCAAAUUACCUCCACAAAGAAAAGAGCAGAAUGCUCAAGGAUGUCUCCAAGAGAUCUGAGACGGAAGGAGG